AUGGCUGAACCCAGCAACGAUCGCAUCGAGGCUGCCUUAAUACGGCUUACUUCCCGCAUUGAGGACCUUCUGCAACACGUGACGACCACUGCUUCUCCUCCCUUUCCACCUCGGAGUCCGAUACCUGUACAUUCACACCGAAUGAAGUUAGAUGUACCCCGAUUUGAUGGUGCUGAUCCUCUUGGGUGGAUUUUUAAAAUCACCCAGUUCUUUGAGUACCACGGUACUCCGGAUCAUGAUCGCAUCACUAUAGCAGCAUUUUACAUGGAGGGAAGAGCCCUUGCUUGGUUCCAAUGGAUGUCAAGCAACGGACAAUUCACCUCCUGGCCCGUCUUUCUGCAGGCUCUGCAAAAUCGUUUUGCCCCAUCCCAAUAUGAAGACCCCUCAGGGUCCCUAUUCAAGCUUACACAGAGGACAACAGUCACCGAGUACUUAUCUGAAUUUGAGGAAUUGGCCAACAGGGUGGUGGGCCUUCCAGCUCCAUUCCUGCUCAGCUGUUUCGUAUCAGGACUCGCGCCGGAGAUUCGCCGCGAGGUGAUGGUGCAUCAACCCCUCACCGUCGCUCAGGCGGCCGGGCUAGCACGUCUCCAUGAGGAGAAGCUACGCGACUUCCGUUUUGAUUUCCGCCGAACCCUACAACCUCGGGCAUCACCUCCGUUGUCAGUGGCUCCGCCGCAGCCUUCCCCUCUCACGACAUUUCCCUCUCCCCGCGCCUCGCCCCUUCCUCCAUUCUUGCCUUUGCCUCCGCGUCCAUCCCCACCACCGCCACCCACGUUCUGCCGUCUGACUCCGGAAGAGCUGGCCUCCCGCCGCGAGCGCGGCCUCUGCUUCUCUUGCGACGAGAAGUUUCAUAAGGGGCAUAGGUGCGCCCCUAGGGUUCACCUGUUGAUAGCAGAUGAGGAUGACCCUCUCGAGCACGUGGGCUCUAAUAUAGACCCGCCCUCUCCAAUUGACCCGACUUCCGGCCCAAGUGAGAUACCCGAGACUCCAGCCCACAUUAGCCUCAACUCCCUCGCCGGCCACCUUGCCCCUGAGACCCUGCGGCUCGUCGGUCACAUUUCCGGCAUCCCUGUCCUGGUCCUGAUUGAUAGUGGGAGUACCCACAAUUUCAUUCAGGAACAGCUUGUGACCCAAUUGGGGCUACCUCAGAGACCAACCACUCCAUUGAAGGUCCUCGUUGGCAACGGCCAACAUUUGCAGUGCCAUACCACUUGUGACUCCACCACCAUUGACAUUCAACAUCAUUCGUUCACCGUCAAUCUUUAUGUCCUCCCAAUCGCCGGCGCUAACGUUAUUCUCGGCGUGCAAUGGUUACAAUCCCUAGGCCCUAUUCUAACUGAUUAUACUAAGCUUAGUAUGCAAUUUUUCCAUGAUAACAGGAUAGUUGAGCUCCAGGGUGAUUCUGCUACUCACCAUGAAUUGCUCUCCUCUCCCCAAUUCCGCCGUGUCUGCCGCGAUCAACCCAAUAGCAUUUGCUUCCACAUUACGCUGCUUCCUGAGGAAUCAGAGUCCACAUUGCCCGUUCCCGUGGACCCACAGGUCCAGCAACUUCUUCAUCAAUUUUCCAUUCUUUUUCAGGACCCAACGACGCUUCCGCCGGAACGAGAGACUGAUCAUCAGAUCCACUUGCGCCCCGAUGCCACUCCAGUCAAUGUUCGCCCAUACAAGUAUCCCUAUUACCAAAAACGUGAAAUAGAAUCCCAGGUUGAGGCAAUGCUCCAAUGCGGCAUCAUUCAGCCCAGCAAGAGCCUUUUCUCUUCACCGGUGCUGUUGGUGAAGAAGUCCGACAACACCUGGCGGUUUUGUGUGGACUACAGGGCGUUGAAUGCAUUAACGAUCAAGGAUCGUUUUCCCAUUCCCACUAUUGAUGAGCUCUUGGACGAGCUCGGAGGUGCGAGUUGUUUCUCCAAAUUGGACUUGCUGCAGGGGUAUCACCAGAUACGCAUGCAACCGGAGCACGUUCCCAAGACAGCUUUUAGAACCCACCAUGGGCACUUUGAGUUCAAAGUUAUGCCGUUCGGCCUGUGUAACGCGCCUUCCUCGUUUCAGGCAACAAUGAACACUAUCUUCCGGCCAUUCCUUCGCCGCUUUAUAAUCGUCUUCUUUGACGAUAUCCUUAUCUACAGUGUCUCCAUUAGCGAUCACCUGUGUCAUCUUCAAACUACCUUCCAGGUGUUAUAUGAGAAUCAUUUCGUUUUGAAGCUCUCCAAGUGUCUUUUUGCCCAGCCUCAGGUGGAAUAUUUAGGCCACCUAGUCUCUCACCGCGGUGUUCAACCUGUUGCUUCGAAGCUUAACGCCAUCACACAGUGGCCCAGUCCACGAUCAGUUCAGGCUCUCCGCAGUUUCUUGGGCCUCGCCGGUUCAUUCGCGGGUACGCCACCAUCGCUGCCCCACUGGUUAAGGCUACCACCGUUGAACCGCUUCACUGGACCUCCACCACGCAGACCGCCUUUGAGGCCUUGA